GGGUUUUGGAGGUAUAAUUAUAUAAACAUUGCUACUUCCUUCGCUCAUGUUAGGAUUUUCAAUUCUAGCUUGCAGUGCUGCUUACUGUUACGUGUUUUAUUGAGAGAAUUGAAGAAGAAGAAGAAGAAUUGAAGAAGAAGGCAUAUAUAAUUAUUUAUAAUAAUGGGGUCACCGAAGAGGAAAUCGCCGGAAGAGCCAUCAACUUCAAACUCACAUAGGCAAGUGCUACAUGACUGCGUGCACGACGUGUCGUAUCCAGAUGGUUAUGUUCACUCUUCUUCUUCUUCUCUUUCUUCUUCACCUCACGAAGAACCUGCUAAGAAGUUCCCAUUUGCCCUCGACCCCUUUCAGUCUCAGGCUAUUACUUGUCUUGAAAAGGGUGAAUCCGCCAUGGUGUCUGCACACACAUCUGCUGGGAAAACUGUAGUGGCGUUAUAUGCAAUUGCUAUGUCCCUUAGAAAUGGACAACGUGUUAUCUACACUUCCCCUAUCAAGGCACUCAGCAAUCAGAAGUAUAGGGAAUUUAAGGAAGAAUUCUCUGAUGUUGGUUUGAUGACUGGAGAUGUCACCAUUGAUCCCAAUGCUUCUUGCUUGGUGAUGACUACGGAAAUCUGGCGUAGUAUGCAAUACAAAGGGUCCGAGGUCACGAGGGAGGUGGCUUGGAUCAUUUUUGACGAGGUGCAUUACAUGCGUGAUCGCGAAAGAGGUGUGGUUUGGGAAGAGAGCAUUGUUAUGUCGCCCAAGAAUUCUCGUUUUGUCUUCCUAUCCGCCACCGUCCCUAAUGCGAAGGAAUUUGCUGAUUGGGUUGCAAAGGUGCACCAGCAGCCUUGUCAUAUCAUUUAUACUGAUUACCGACCAACUCCCCUUCAGCAUUAUAUUUUUCCUUCUGGAGGUGAUGGUCUAUAUUUGGUUGUGGAUGAAAAGGGGAAAUUUCGUGAAGACAGCUUUCAGAAAGCUUUAAAUGCACUUGUUCCCGGCGAGGGUGACAAGAAAAAAGAAAACGUUAAGUGGCAAAAAGGUUUGGUGCUGGGCAGAAUUGGUGAAGAAAGUGACAUAUUCAAGAUGGUGAAAAUGAUCAUUCAGCGUCAAUAUGAUCCUGUGAUACUGUUCAGCUUUAGCAAAAGGGAGUGUGAAUUUCUUGCAAUGCAGAUGGCAAAAAUGGAUCUUAAUGGGGAUGAUGAGAAGGACAACAUAGAAAAGAUAUUUUGGAGUGCUAUGGAUAUGCUUUCAGAUGAUGAUAAGAAGUUGCCUCAGGUUUCAAACAUGCUGCCCUUGCUGAAGCGUGGAAUAGGAGUACAUCACUCUGGUUUACUCCCAAUUCUAAAGGAAGUUAUCGAGAUCUUAUUUCAAGAAGGACUAAUCAAGUGUUUGUUUGCCACAGAGACCUUCAGCAUUGGUUUGAACAUGCCUGCAAAAACUGUUGUUUUUACAAAUGUCCGAAAAUUUGAUGGGGACAAGUUUAGGUGGAUAUCCAGUGGUGAAUAUAUACAAAUGAGUGGUCGUGCUGGUCGACGAGGUAUUGAUGAGCGUGGAAUAUGUAUCCUCAUGGUUGAUGAGAAGAUGGAGCCUUCUACUGCUAAAAUGAUGGUUAGAGGGGCAGCUGAUAGUUUAAACAGUGCCUUUCAUUUAAGCUACAACAUGAUUUUGAACCAAAUGCGCUGUGAAGACGGUGAUCCUGAAAAUUUGCUCCGCAAUUCUUUUUAUCAGUUCCAAGCUGACCGGGCCAUUCCUGAUCUGGAGAAACAAAUAAAGGCUCUUGAAGAAGAAAGGGAAUCGAUUGUUAUUGAAGAAGAAAACAGUUUGAAGGAUUAUUACAAUCUGCUGGAGCAGCAUAGAAGUUUGAAUAAGGAGGUUCAUGACAUUGUGUUAUCUCCAAGGCACUGUUUACCAUUUUUACAGCCUGGGAGGCUUGUUUCUCUCCAAUGCACUUCAAGUAAUGAAGAUCUGCCCCCCAUUUUUAUUGAGGACCAGUUGACUUGGGGGUUGGUCAUUAAUUUUGAAAGGGUUAAGAGUGUUUCUGAAGAUGAUGCAAGCAUAAAACCAGAAGAUGCAUCUUACAACGUUGAUAUUCUUACAAGAUGUGUGGUGAGGAAAGAUAAAAUUGGAAAAAAAUCUGUUAAGAUUGUUCCUCUGAAAGAACCUGGAGAACCUCUAGUGGUUUCAGUUCCUAUCUCUCAGAUUAAUACAAUAAGCAGUCUGCGUCUAUAUAUACCGAAGGAUCUUUUGUCUUUGGAAGCUCGAGAAAACGCACUGAAAAAAGUGUUGGAAACUCUUUCUAGAUUUGGUGAGAAAGAAUUGCCACUUCUAGAUCCUGAAGAAGACAUGAAGAUCCAGAGCAGCUUGUACAAAAAAACAUCUCGUAGGAUAGAGGCUCUGGAGAGCCUAUUUGAAAAGCAUGAAAUUGCGAAGUCACCACUUAUUAAGCAGAAGUUAAAAGUUUUACAGAGGAAGCAAGAACUGACCACAAAGAUAAAGUCCAUUAAGAAAACAUUAAGAUCUUCUACUGCUUUGGCCUUCAAGGAUGAACUUAAGGCAAGAAAGAGAGUUCUUCGGAGGCUGGGAUAUGCUACUAGUGACAAUGUGGUGGAAUUAAAAGGGAAGGUUGCUUGUGAAAUUAGUAGUGCAGAUGAAUUGACCCUAACAGAACUCAUGUUCAAUGGUGUCUUAAAGGACAUAAAGGUAGAGGAGAUGGUUUCUCUCCUGUCCUGUUUUGUCUGGCAAGAAAAAAUUCAUGAUGCUGCUAAACCCCGGGAAGAACUUGAUCUCCUAUUUGCACAAUUACAAGACACUGCUCGAAGAGUUGCCCAACUUCAGCUUGAGUGCAAGGUGCAAAUUGACAUUGAGAGUUUUGUGAAGUCAUUUAGGCCUGAUAUUAUGGAGGCUGUGUAUGCUUGGGCUAAAGGUUCAAAGUUCUAUGAAAUCAUGGAAAUUACCCAGGUUUUUGAAGGUAGCUUGAUUAGGGCAAUUAGACGACUUGAGGAAGUUCUUCAGCAGUUAAUAGAAGCAGCUAAGUCAAUCGGGGAAACUCAACUUGAGGCGAAGUUUGAAGAGGCCGUAUCCAAGAUCAAGAGGGAUAUUGUCUUUGCAGCAUCCCUGUAUUUGUAGUUCCUUCCAGAAACUGUUUAUUUAAUUAAAUUUGAAGAGGACACAUAGUUAUGCUAGAGGCAAAUGCAGAGCAUCAUGUAAGACAGUGUGAAAUGAACCUUGUUUCUCACCAUCAGUUUUGAUCUCAACUGACUGAUACCUAGAAACACUCACAAUUGAUGUAUAUGAUAAUCUCCUCAACA